GCUUUAGUCGUUUGCUGCACAAUGGCGCGAUUGGUUUGUGAUUGUUCGCCCUGCUGCCGCCGUCGUUUCUGAGCGGAGGGCCGGCCCAAAACGUUGGACCGUCCGUUGCGCGGGAUAUAAAUCUUUUACCGCACAGUCUCCCUCGUUCGUAACCGCUCAGCUCUCCACGUUUCUUCGUUUCUCUCGAAUUAUUCGGUUCUCGUAGUCUGUCCGACGAAAGAGAAACGGUAACAACGACGGCUGGUCCGAACACGAAUCCCGAGAACCGCGAAUAGAAGAAAGACCACCACGACCGACCGUCAUCCAGGAAGAAGGCCAGGUUUUAUCCAACGCGCGCGCUAUUCGAAAAACCAAUACGCCCGGUAAAAGUCUCGGGGAGUUCGCUUUUCGAGCAGACGGCGGUUAUCAACAACGUCUUUGGGGGAAACUCGGAUUACAUCUGACCGUUUCUCCACCCCAGCCUCCCGUUCAGGAACGCACGGCGACAACAGGAAGAACAUACAAAGAGCUUUCCCGUAAAGUGACCGAUUGUCACCCACGAAGAUCUCCGUCCAAGGACCCAACGGUAGCACGAAGCAACGCUGCGUGGGCCUAAGCACAAGUGAUAUUCUUAUCUAAUAAUUAAUACGUAGCUAUAUACGCGUUUAUACCGAUCAAGCCUAGAAACGUUCAAAUCGGCUCGUUACAAUCGACGAUACAAUCGUCGCAGCUAUCGCGUUCGGUAAUCUUGUGAAGUGUGUUCAAAAAGCUUAUCCGCUUUAACGGUUUAUUGACAAUAAUUACGAAUAAUCAUAAAAAUCGAUCGAACUUUUAAACACGGACGCGUGUUUCGUUUACAUUAAAACGUACUAUUUCGAAGGGAAGAAGACAAGGAAAAAGGAGGUGGUAGUGUCGCGAGUGUAAAACAGUGCGUGUGUGAAAACGGCACAAUAUGAGAGUGACAGCCGCUGUUAGACAGCAUUCUCUUCAUCUACAAGUGGCUCGUACCAACAAUGGCAAGUUCCUGGUCUGUCCGAACAAUAGUCAGGACAUCGGUCAACAACCGACAAACGACGAGACAAACUCGGUGCCAGCGGUUGUCUUUCCUAGUUACGAACCGGUGCCUACCGAUCAUCAUGGACCUACCAUACUCGGUGAUCGGUAUUUGCUUCUUGGACCGGCCGAGGGCAGCGCUCUAUACCGAUGCGUCGAUGUACACACUGGUCAACAGCUCGUCGCAAAGGCGUUGACCGUGGGCGACAAAGGUUGCGAGGCACUACUACAGGCGCACCUUCGAUUAGAAGGUACCGGAGCGGCGAGCGGUGUUGCAGGCGUGGUGGAAGCACCUGGAGGUCGACGCUACCUCCUGUUGGAGGGCCAUCACGGUGACCUGCACGCCUACGUAAGGGCGCGCAGGAGACUGCGGGAACCAGAGGCGAGGCGACUGUUCCGGCAAGCAGCCAGGGCCGUAGCUACGUGCCACGAGUACGGGGUCGUGCUCAGAGAUUUAAAACUCAGGAAAUUCGUUUUCGCUGACGAAGCAAGAACACGACUUCGUCUGGAAAGUCUGGAAGAUGCGGUGAUCGUCGAAGGUGAUGACGACAAGCUGACCGAUCGACGGGGUUGUCCGGCAUACGUAGCGCCGGAAGUACUACGCUCGGGACGAGCUUAUUCCGGGAAGGCAGCCGACAUCUGGUCGCUUGGCGUACUCCUGUACACGAUGCUGGUCGGUCGUUAUCCGUUUAACGACGCCGAGCAUGCGUCUUUGUUUGCGAAAAUCUCACGUGGCCAGUUCGCGGUACCAGAAGGUCUAAGCCCACGUGCUCGGUGUCUAAUCCGCUCGUUGCUGAGAAAGGAACCGUCCGAGAGGCCGUACGCGGAGGACGUGCCGAGACACCCAUGGCUCGCGAAACCGUUACGAGUCUGCCUCGCGUCCAGCAGAUCUUCUUGUCAGGAUCAGAUCGUACCAGAGCUACCUAACAAUCCUCAAGACUGACUCUUCCGAGAGAAAAAGAUAUAUUCCGCGUGCACUGGACCCAGCUUUCUUCGUUAAUCCUCUAUUUGGACGGAAAUUCUGUACGCAGAGGGCAUUUCAUCCCAAUUUAACAUGGCUUUUGUUUCCUACUUUCUGUUUUCUUAGUUUUUAUAUCUUAAUUUUUUAUUUUCUAUUAAAUAUGUCGAAGUUAGAUAUAAACGCUCGGUUACUUUGCACGCAGCAUCGAAGAGAAAAACGAGCAAAACAAGACCUACCGUUCCUAUUAUAUAUGUAGCAAAUAUACCGGUAAAGAAGACAAAUAGCGAGGAGCGAGUAAUAAGAAAUCAAAAGUUACGGAAUAUCUCGUAUAGAGACAGGGAAGAUAACGGUCGACUAGAAAAACGAUAUUUAAGAAAUGUCUUCCACAUAAGGAUUAAGCGAAAGUACGAAGUCUGCGUUUUAUUAUAUUUUCUCGGGUUAUGCAGUUUAAAAAACCCAUGCCCGUUGAUACAACCGAGCAUUUGUAACUCACUUGUUGCUUUAGUAUACAGUGUUAACGCAAAUGUUGAUAAAAUUGCCAUGCGUUUUCCCCCUUCUCAUAUGUGAUGAAUACGUAAUUCUCCUUGGAAGAAAUAUAGUGCGAUCUUAAAAUUGUUUACACGUUACGAAAGAAAGAACAACGCGUCUUACCUAUGUAUGUCUUCUAUUAGUUGUAAUACAAUUAACAAUUAACUAUUAACAAUAUAGUACAAAAUUUCUUUUGUUCGUAGUAGUUCGACACGCCAUCGACAUUUUAAGAAUCAUCAGAAAGUUCGAAAACUAGAGAUAAAAUAUGCGUUGUUUCAACUUUAUCACAAAAUUCUCACUGAAAUACGUAAUAUACCAUCGCUUGCGAAUUACAACGGGCAUUCCUAUAUGAAGACCGAAUUUUUAAAUAAUUCUUAAGAGUUCUCUUUACAGACUUGUAACAUUGUGUUUUAAACGUUACGGUUUAGAUGGAAAGAAAGUUAAACCGGAAUUGCUCGUUCUAGGAAAAUAUAUUUAUACGAGUAUAUAAACUUGAUAACAAAAAGUUGAUCUUUCACCGACUUAUGACCACACCAUAUUUCUUCCAUACACGUACAUAUUUACGUAUAUUAUAGUACUUGCGUGCGUAAGUUACACAUAAAAGCCAUGUUACAAAUGAAUACCAAAUAAAGGGUUAACCAUUAGCUGUCGCAUCAAGGGAUAGUUCCGAUUCCAAAUCGUUCGUUCUUUCCUUUCUUUCACGUUUUUUUUCUUUUUUUUUUUUCCUUUUUCUUUUCUUCUUUGACAUUUUGUGUCGUCGAUAUAACGAAGGAGGACGGCCUAGAAUAUACAAGCUGAUACAUGCAUACAACCAUUUUGGUUGGGAAAUAUUAAAAAAGAGGUCUAACGGAAUGAUCGUUGAGUAAAUUUGAUUGUUAGCAAAGACUUACGAGUAGUUAUUUAUUAUCUCAAUUUAAUUUGUCCGUUCUUUCGAAAUUCAAUAUAUACCAUUAAAAACAUUUUAUACAUUAUUAACAAGAAGUAUCAUUCUUGUAUAAUUUUCUUUUUUUUAGCUAUUUAUUUAUUUUUUCUUUAUAUUAAAUCCGUAAGUCUUUGUUCAUGCACUUUUAUACGUAUAUACAACCAAUUGAAAUAUUAAAAAAUCAGUGUAUUACGUUCUGUUCGUGCAAAAAAUUGAGAUAUGCGUGCUCCCUGUUGAAACAGAAAUAUACGUAAGUACAUAUAUUUGCCGGCAACAUUAAGAAAACAAAGAGCAAAUAUUAACGAUGCAAAAUCUACCUGCCUAAUGAUAAGUUCUAAGUAUUGUUUAUUCAAUUAUUUUUUUAGAAAUUCAUUUUGUUUCGUUAUUUCAUUCAGCCUGGUUCGGAUCUCGUGUAAAAGGGAUCCAUGUCCAUUUCUUUUAUCUUAUAUAUAAACAAAAUUAUAUUGAGACGAUUCGAAACAUGACAGCUUUUGUGUAUAUGCUGUACGUAAAUUUUAAAUAGACUUAGAAUUUAUCGGUGCAUAAACGCUAACAUCGUUUGUUUUCUAUUUCGUAUUAUCAUGUUUUUUCCUCCUUCGAAAAACAAUAUUCUUGUAAAGCUAUAUACCAUUAUAAGAACUCGAACGAUUAAACUCCCCUAAUCCUCGCAGAUGGUUUAAUUCACAGAAAGUAUAAAGAAUUAUUUCAUAUCUAUACAAUUAUUCUACAAUUAUCCUGCGAAAGAAAAGUUAAGUGCAAACCAAGUGUAUGUGUCGAACGUUUGUAUAAGAGACUUUUUUCCUUUAUAUUUUAUAACGCAGUUCUUUUCGUGCAUUGGAUACACCCUGUGUUCGCUUUCAGUGCAUGAUUUCUUCUAUCAUUUGAGUCAGGGUACAAUGGUAAGAGCGUUUCGUUGACGCUAAAACAUGUAUAUAAGUUCAAUCCAGUCCAUUAAGUCCUACUAAAUCCUAAUAAAUAUUCAUUAGGAACAAUAAUAAAAGUUAUGUACAUAGGCAAAUAAAUAUAGCGUUUAUGAUAAAUCCUU